AAACUGAAGAUCCCAGUGCAGGUGCCUUAUGAGCGUACGUUAUUUUCAGUUAAAACCUUGUGCCUUCCUUUUGUAGCAAUGCGUAUAAGGGGCGUGCUGUAAUGUAGUCAUCUGACAAAUUGCUCCUCCGUUCCCCAAAGGAACUGCCUUCAGGAUCUGACUAACUCUGGAUGCACCCGGUUGUCAUCUUAAUUUCUCCUUUAGGUUGUUUAAAACAACCCUAUUGGGUGACGUUUGGUUUUGUUCUUAAGAAUUGAGUCUCAGAGGUUUCUGGUUUCUUACAUUGAUGUUUAUAAUGAAAGUGCAAAAGUGAUUUUUACUGUUGCAGGGAUCCAUGUGUGGAGCCUACAGAUUGUUCCCAGAACUGGUGCUCUGGGAUGCACGCUGCACUCGGAGAUUGAGCUCUGGGCCAUACGUUCAAAAUAAAACACUGUGUUAUUUGAUUGUAAAAAAGGAGAUCUCCCGGGGAUAGGGGAUUUUGAAACGAUAACAGAACCACCGCUGUGGCACGUGGUUGAAUUGGACACACGUUAAGCUGGUCAGGCUGAACAGAUAGGCUGAAUUUGUUGCUGGAUGGCCAGGUGUUUCAGGAGAAAAGCUAGUCUAGAGAAAACUUUCUCUUGCUGUUGCUUCUCAUCUAAAAUGGCACCCUUCCAAAUGGCUGCUUCCAGGGGAAAUUGACUCUUUUUGAGAUUUAAUAAAACAUUUCAGCAAGGAAGAUGAAUCACCAUAGUAAAUUGCUGCCAGGCCCCGGUGUUGAUUUUAGUAGAAAAAGAAUGAGUGCCUUUUCUUUUCUUUAAGUAUGCCUGUCUCACCCAAGAGUAGAUGUAGCAGCUUUAGCAGUCCCCUUACUUUGGAAUUGAUUCUCGAUGCCCAUUCGGACAUCGAGGAGGAAAAGCUGGUGGACAGAACGAUAGAGGAGAGCCACCCACUAAAAAUGUAGGAAAGAAGGGGUUAUGCAUUAAGGGAAAGCCACUACAUAGAAAAUUGGUGCUAUCUAAAAAUCUAUUAAGGAUCUGGGACCUGCAGAUACUGCUGCACCUGAGUGUGCUGCAGUCAUGCCUGUUGCCACUGAGCAAGAUGGAGAGAGCUUCUUCAUUGAACGCAGUAUGUUAAAGCAUGCACUGUUGCCUGGAAGAAGAGCAAAGACUUCCAUUAUGUGGAACUUUGGAUCUGUGGUUCACCUGGUGUGCCAUAUCCAGCAUACGGUUUUUAAAAAAAAUCAACUGUGGCAAGCCAGGUACUCAUCUGGGGACACUGACUCUUUGGUGACAUCUCCAAGCAGAGCGUUGUGUACAUUGGGCCGCGGCUAACAGCCAGGUGUCUCAGCUGUAAGCGCUGUAGGGAGGGUGAACAUGCCUGUAACGUGUCUGUCAACCAUCUCCCCAGACAGGAGUUUUAGCAGUGGGAGUUCGACGUAUGUUCUCAGCUCUUGUGUCAGCAGUGACAGCGUGGCAGAGCCAGCGGGCUGGUUUUUCAGCUGGAAGAGGAGGAGUGGACUGCAGAUGUGCCCCUGUAAACAAGAGCUGUCAAAGAGAUUUGCCGUAGAUGUGGGUCGUACCAGUGUAGCCGUUGCAGCUGCAGCAGUAGUGGAUCCUGGAGCGUCUGGAGAAGAUAGGAGUUUUCUUCACGGAAGCGAUACUGUCAAAAGCCUUUUGAUGCCAGAAAUUAGACAAACGCAUCUGUUGUCUGGAACUUCUCAGUUGACCCUCGGUAUACCUGGCACGCUCCUUGCAACGUUUAAAAAGUGUGUUGGGCAGGGCAGGGACUCGCCUUGGCGCUUCCACGUUGCAGCAACACUUGCAGAUCACGCGUCCUGCACACUGGGCCAGGACCUAAAUCUGAUGGUGCUGUUGAUAACCUGAAGCUCGGGAAGCACUUCUGGAUUUUUCUACUGUUCCACAUGAAUUUUUGCCCCAUGAAGGUGACGUAUUGAGCUAUUUCUUUUCAACGGAUAGGCUUAGAGCCAGUUGUGGUUUAACAUCUCCAGGCUUGGGUGUUCCUAUUCCAUCUUUGCCUACUGAGCAGGUGCUUGGUAGGAGAAAGGACAUAAAUCUUAACCAUGGGACUCAGACUCUCAAGUACAUACUGCUGUGAAGAAGUUCAGAUAUGAAAAUGCACUUAAAUAACAGAUAAACAGAGGUAUUAUAAAAUUGAUUACUGAAGACAUUUAUGCCAACUUGUUCAUACAGAUUGUGGCGCUAGACAGUCAGUUCCCAUCUAUAAUGUGACUAUACAGCAUUGUAAAAGAAAAGUUUUUCAUACCUUUGGAGAAAGCACAACACAAAAAUGCACAUUUAACUAUUGAUACGUAGACCCUGAAUGAACCGUGGACUACUUGACAGUGAUGGCCCAAGGUUAUCUUUUGAUACACUGCACCAGCAGAAGUCCCCUUUUAGAAAACAGGCAGCUCCCUCCCACUGGCUUUGCUAAAACUUCUGCAGUAGGAAGCGUCCUACAAGAACCAAGUUACCAAACUGAUGUGUGGCUUUCCCUUAAUCCCCUCACCCCUGGCUUUCCAGCUUCCGACAGCACUGCCGACGCUGUGUGCGCAGUGCUAGGUGCCAGCUGCAAUGUUUUACAUAUAUUUUAAAAUUAAUGAAUCAGGACUUUGAGCACGGGAGCACUGAGAACAGGUUAGCGGGUGCUUAAUAGAUUUGCUUGCUCAUUCUGCUGAGGCCCAUCAAAUUCUUCAGGAAUUCCAGCAUUCAAACCAUUUUCCACAGAUCACUUGAAGCAGGAAAUAGCUGCUCAGUGAAUCUCUUUCUACCUUUUAUAUGUUAAAGUGACUUCAAAACAACAGAAAGUGGAGCAGCAUCCUCCUGCGAGGGAGAAUGGGACUAUUCUCAGGUCAUUCCAGUGGUCCCAGAUGUCUGAUGGGUGCAAGAUUCUUGGCCUGCAGGUGGAGGCCAGUGGGGAACUACAGUUCUUAGUCAAGUGCUGCCAUCAGUCACGUCCUUGUGGCUUUGCAGAGCAUGUGGAAAGACUUUCAGAUCAAAGGUGUCACUGUCCCUCUUGGACUGCGAGAUGGGUGAAAUAUCUUAGGCUCGAAACUGAUUUUCUAGAGAGUGGUGUGCUCAGAUCUGAACACUUUUUGCCUUGGCCACUUUACUAGAUCCCUGCUUUAAAGGUUGCUUUGAAGAACUCCUCCUGAGUCUUGAUGUGUCAAGCUAAAGACAAGUCUGUACUGAAGCAGCGUCUGAUCUGAUGAGUGCUUCAGUACGAGGUUAUUCUUUGACAGUUACAGAAACACCAGGCCAAUCAGCCCUUUCAGGAGCGGAUUGAUUUGCCUCUCAUCUUAAGGAAGAAUGUCCUAAUUCAGGUCCCUGAAGUGGCACAUCUUCAAGUAGAGUUGCUCCAGCCGGCAAGGGGCAGCUCUGCCUCACGGCUGUGGUAACUCACGGCUCUGGCUCUCAGAGAUCACGACGCAAGGUGACCCUGACUCAAUGGCAGAGGAAGCGGAGAUGAUCAUCUGCUUUAACCUUUGCCUUCUUGGCUGGCAACCUUGCAGUCUUUGCUCUGAGUGGGUCUUGAGUGCUGUAACUCCCAGGCUCAGAACAUGUCCCCAGUCCAGGUUUAGGCAGAACGUGACAGCUAGAAUUGACUAAAACAAAUGUAAAGACUAGAAAUUAUGACUGUUCUGCUUCAGCUUUGGACAACUUAGCUUUAGAUUUUGAUACAGAGAAUGAGAUGUGUUAGCAAGAGGUUCUCCUGUGCUUCAGACGACGUGAUGAUGUGUGGUUUACGUAUGCAUCAUAACGCACAGUUCUAUAUGUAAUUUGUGACAUCUAGCGCGCGCUGCACUUUCAGCCUGUGGAAUGUGGUAACAAGCAGGUGAACCAGCAGCAGCUGUUUUGCAGCUGGGGUAACGCUGACCGAUUGAAAAAGGGGGUUAGAACGUGGAGUGCCUGGUGCUCUUCCUUCCUUGUCAUCUUACUUUACUGUCCUAAUAAGCAGGGGUGUUAAGCAUCUUUAGUAUUUUUGUAAGAAAUUAAAGGCACAAAGUAGACCAGCGAGAGAGACUGUCCAAGUGAAAUAUUUUGUGCUUUGUAACCAAAAAGUACCCAUGGGUAGGUGCAAUAAUACUUCUCUCAUGCAUUUGUUGGGGUGCAAAAAACUUCUGUUCCCUCCUUGCUCUUCGGUACAGGACAAAGGCAGGUCAGCGAGCUGGAAAGUUAAACCAGGGAAUAGGACUGUUUCUUCGGUACCGAGAAAGACAAGCUUGUAAAACAAACUAGACAGACUUACAUUGUACUAUUUAUCUUCCCUUAGCAAAGGUAAAGUUUGUGGCAUUUGUUGGCGUGUUUUUCCUGACCCCUAGCUACUGCAUCUGUAAUUAUUUAUUUUUGUUUUUACAAAAUGAGUUCAAAAUCUCUCAAAACAAAAACUUUACUAGAGUUCUGGAGAAAAAAGAAGCAUUUAAAAUUCUUAUCAGCUUCCAUCAGAGACCUGCUGAGUGCACCAGAGUUACUCAUUUUUAUUCAGACUUUCAGGGGUUAGUUGGGUUGAUUUCUGUUUAGCACUCAGAUUGCCAUGUUAACUGAUACCAGUUUAAAAAAAAAAUUUUUUUGAGUUAACCUUUUUGAAAAUGAAAGGACUUUUAUGGAGUUUAGAACUCUGAGGGGUUUUGGGGUUUUUUUUGUUUGUUUUGUUUUAAAGUUUUGCUUUUUUUACCAUUCCUUAAACAAGAUCCAUUCAAAUUCUGAACAGCUCUUGAAGUCUGCUCAGGAAUAUGGAAGGCCACAAGCAAAACGCUGAGCUGCUUGGACAUUCAAAAGAGCUAAAUCUGAGGGGAUUUCUUUUUUUCCCCCAUGGUGGUGGAUGUAGUAAUGUUGCAUUAUACAGGUGUCUCUCACUUCCUAGGAAAAAGAAGUGCUGCCUUCUAGACCGUGAAUUCCUUCUGAUUUGUAUUUGAAUGCCUCUGCUCAGCAAAGCAGUGGUCCUUAAUUGCCAUCUAUUUAAGCUUGUGCAAACUGAAGAAAUCGUGCUUGAAAUUUAAUUUAACUAUCAGUGGUGUUGGUAACACAUUUGGAAAAAUGUUUCUUGUCAAAUUUCUACGUGGAGGAGCACCAGGAAUUUUUAGAAGUAGAUGGAUAGGAAUCUGUAUGACACAAAGUCUGGUUUUGAAGGUGCUAAAGGUCAAAAGUGAAUAGUCACAUCGAUACUGAAGAAGGGAAGAAAACCUUGCACUUAACUACUGUUUUUACUCCCUUUGUCAAGCAGUCAAGAAAAUAAUAACUAAUAUGAGAACCCAACUUUUCCUCUCUUUAUUUUAGAUUUGGGAAAAUUCCCUGCCAAAAAAAAAUAUCCUGGAAAAUUCACUAGUGUUUGUGAGAAGUUAACUGGAAGUCUUUGAAGAUCAAUAUAUUUGCUGAAGUUGUCCAGGGUUACUUUUAAAAAGAAGAUUUCACUGAUCAAGCCAGUAGAAGACUUUCAGUCCAAGAAAGAGUGAAGCCAGCUCUUGCCAAGAGUGGAGGAAGUCACUGUUGAGUCAACCCUUAGAACCUGAGCUUGUCCUAAGAAUUUGUCCAUUAUGUCUAACCAAGGAGAUGACUGCUACUUCUAUUUCUAUUCCACAUGUAACAAGGGAGACAGCUGUUCCUUCCGCCACUGUGAAGCUGCUCUAGGGAAUGAAACAGUCUGCACGCUCUGGCAGGAGGGUCGCUGCUUCAGGAAUAUCUGCAGAUUCAGACACAUGGAAAUCGAUAAAAAACGCAGUGAGAUUCCUUGCUACUGGGAGAAUCAGCCAGUAGGCUGUCAAAAAUCCAACUGUGCUUUUCAUCACACAAAAGGACGCUAUGUCGAUGGACUUUUCUUACCACCAAGCAAAACUACACUUCCAAGUCCACCUGAGUCUGCAGAAGACGAUGUGAAAAUGGCUCAGAUGUCACUGCAGCAAAACAAACUUUCUGUCCAGUCAAAUCCCUCUCCGCAGCUGAGGGGGGUGAUGAAAGUGGAAAACUCUGAAAACGUCCCAAGUCCUACUCAUCCUCCAGUUGUAAUCAAUGCUGCAGAUGAUGAUGAAGACGAUGAUGACCAGCUUUCUGAAGAAGGAGAUGAAACUAAAACACCUGUCCAGCAACCAACUACAGAAGCCCAUAAUGGAUUGCGGAUAAUUUCCACUAGGAAAUCCAACGCUAAUACAAAACAAGAUGACAAUUUAAAUUUCGGAAUAAAAACACUUGAAGAAAUCAAAUUGAAGAAACUAAAGGAAAAAACAAAAAAACAAGAAGGUCCUUCAGGAGUUUCUGUUCAUCCGCUCCAAUCGCGGACUAUUCCUGUGCCAGAAAAGGAAAAUGUACGGACAGUAGUGAGAACUGUGACUCUGUCUACAAAGCAAGGGGAGGAGCCUGUGAUUCGACUGAAUCUUGCCGAGAGACUGGGAAAACGGAAGACCUCCAUAGCUGGUAAAAGUGUCCUUCCACUAAAGCGCAACCUUGCUGAAAGGCUGGGGAAGAAAAUAGAGAGUCUGGAGAAUGCUGACAAAGCACCAAAGAGAGUUCAAGUCACCAAGUCUCUGAAGGAGAGGCUAGGAUUGCCCUCUGAACAGACCAGUACAGAGACAGAGAAGGCUGCUAAGCCAACAGGAGAGAUCCAUGUGAAAACACUGGAGGAAAUUCGUCUUGAGAGAGCUAAUCAGAAACGAGGAGAGCCUCAAGCAAAAGCCCAAACUGAAGGACGUUGUAAAACAGAAGAUCCCAGCUCGGGGGCAAGACCUUCCCCUGCAGUUCGCAUCAAAACUUUCUCAGGAACCCUGGCUGAAAAAAAACAGAAGCGAUUGGAAGAAGAGAAGCAAAAAACAGAAGAGUUUCCUACCAAGACAAAAGUUGAGAAUGAGCCGAAGAAGCAGAGCGUACUUGCUCCAUCUGUGCCCAGCAAAGUGCAGGUGGCAGAGCCGGCAGGUAAAGCCAAGCCAGCAGGAGAAGUGCGUAUUAAAACCUUGGAAGAAAUCAAGCAGGAGAAAGCUCUGCGGAUGCAGCAGAGUGGAGAAAAUGUGCCAGCUCCACCAGCACAACCUGAACCUGCCCCGACAGGGAGGAGAUUGUUACGGAUUACAAAGCUAACAGUACCUGGAAGAGAAGAAAAGAAGGUAGUGGAAUUGAACAAGCCUUCUCCCAAAGCUGUCUCUGCACCUGCAGAGCCCUCCGAUCAGAGUGGAACUAAUUCUAAAGUUCAAGUGAAGAGCCUUGAAGAGAUAAUGAGGGAGAAGCGGCAACUGAAACAACGCCAAGAAGAGAAGCUUCAGAAGGAAGCAGCUACUGUGCCACCUCCUGUUGAAAAAGCAGUCAAGGAUAAAACUCCAGCAUCAGGGAGUCCUGAACCCACCGUGGUUUCGGGAUCAGCUUAUCAACUUGCGAAGAGGAUGUUGGUGAAAUCUCCGGAAGAUGGGGUUGAAAGCCCAGGAAAGGAUGCUGCUGUAUCACCAGGGAAACAGGCAGCUCAACUUCUGGAACGGAAAGCUAAAACCAAAUCUAAGGUGUGCCUGAAGCCUUUGGAUGGGAAAGCCACCUCCCCGACAAAGCAGACACUGAAACGUAAGGCAGCUGAGAGUCAUCCCUCUGCUGUGGCGGCUGUGAAACCACUGAGUACCACUGGUGGUGAUAUGAAGGAGCCUUCAGCUAAAAAAGCGGCUGUGGCCGUUGUUCCUGCUUUGCCAGACGACAGCCUGGUCUCCACACCUGGGAGAGAAAAACGCAAAGCCAGUCCUGAACUGCAUAUUGGAAGCCAGGCAGAUUCUGUGGCACAGUCAGAGGUCUCAAGCUCAACUUCAACUUCGUCACAAGUAGCGGUAAAGACGCGCCGGUUGAGCUCCACAGGGGCUGGGAAAGCACCCUUAUCUGUAGAAGAUGACUUUGAGAAGCUUAUUUGGGAAAUCUCAGGAGGCAAACUGGAAGCAGAAAUUGACCUGGACCCAGGGAAGGAUGAGGAUGACCUCCUCCUGGAACUUUCUGAAAUGAUUGACAGCUGAACUGCAUAGUCUCAAGGUUUAAAAAAAAAAAAAAAAAAAAAAUUUAAAACUCUAUAUUUUAUUGGAUACCCGGAGGUGAUCCUUUUUCUAGCUGAGGCUUUGCAAUGAGUCUUAAAGCACAGUUGAACUGGUAGAAAUUGGCAGCAUCUGCACUCAGUUGUCCUAAAUUUCCCUGCUGGUCAGAGUCAAGGUCCUGUGCGUCCAUUCUGUAACUGUCCGUGGCUACCUUCGGCGUUAAGAGGACGAAGCACUUGUUUAUUUCGGGACAGAGAGAUGCCCAUCUACAAACUGUGGUGGUUGUGAACUGAUCUACUGAUUCAGCGAUGCUCUGAAGGCUUAAACUUAAAGCUUCUUCCUUCCUCCCCCCCUUGGCAAAACUCAACGUUCGGCGCGUUUCAAAGCUUUGGUAUUCUGAUUUUGUGGACAGUUGAUAUCUAAAGCCUGGAGUUACUAUGUCAACUCUUGAGUUUUAUUUAUGUAUGCUAUCGUUUUGACUUUAAGGGUAACAAUGAAAAUGUCGGGGUGGGAGGGAGCAGAACAAUUACUCUAGGGUUUUGGACCAAACGUGCUGCCAAGGGUGGUGGUUGGGGUCAGUCCAUCCAGCCUUACUUUGAAUUAUCAGGGAUGAUACAGUGUCAGUGUGAAAAGCAGCAGCUCUGCAGUACAGCUAGAAUACCCCGCUCCCGUUUUGUUGUGCUGUACCAAAGCUUGGGGGGGGUUGGUGCUUUUUGCUGAUGUGAAUAGGAUUCUGGGGGUGGGUAGUCAAGAUUCCUCUCGUCGUCUGCGGUAAAUUGGUAAACUAAGAAUGGGUCUAAGUGCCUCUUGGUUCCAGGAAUCGCUCCCCCGAGCUGCUGGCUCGUCUUCUGCCGGGAAGCGGUGGCUGCUCGGACUCGCGUUCAAACACUGUCGGCUCUGUCUGACCUCCCGCCGGCCGUGCGGCACCCUCGGCGGCACCGACCCAAGGGAGAGCGUGGGCCCGGCGAUCCUGGAACUUGGUACUGCUGCAGGACCAACCGUGCUCUCCUUUUCGGACACGCCCCGGGGAUUCCUCCCUCUGGUCUCCCCUGUCCCACCGCUGGGGCUCGAGCUCCGUGUAGAAGCACGCGCUGGAGGCAGGACUGGAGGUCACUGGUCUGCCUCGGGUCUCUACGUGCAGUCUGAAUUUGUGACCCCGCGGAAAAUAGCCGAGACUGGGGUGUAUUGUGUACCCUGCCACCAGUGAUCGUUUUCCCUAGCAGAUAUAUUUUGAAUUAUUUUGGUAAAUUUUUGAAGAACUUCAGUCUCUUCCUACUAUGAUUUGUGAAGCUGUAGGGGCCCUCGGGCAUUUGCUGCUGGCA